AUGUCGCACGAUCCGAAUCCGCACGCUGCGGUGGCCUAUCCAAGGUACCCAUACAACCGGCUUCCUUUCAACACCCAGAGCAAAGGCACCAAUCACUGCGCACAGGAGACAUCUCAGCAGGGCUUGGUCGAAUACAUGGACUAUCAAGCGCCAGCCCAUAUUUUAGCUGCGGAUUCCUAUCCUGCUCGUCUUCAAAUUGAGGGGUACAAAAUCGCGCCACAUGCCGAUGCCAUCCAGCGCGCGCAGUGUAUGCAACUGGUGCCUACCAACACUCCCGUGGGGUAUCCUACGAUAGCAACCAUGCUUCGGUCGUCGUCGUUGGCGAGACUGCCGUGGACCCCGCCAGUGCAAGUGCCCCAAGGGAUAUUGAUAUGCUUCAUUGACUUUUUCAAUUCACUUACUCCAGUGACGCACGUUGCCAACCACGCCAUGCUCACCCCGAUCCCCUUCACAGUCAUUGUCGACUGUGCCAUUAUCGAGUAG